UAAUAUGCAUUUGACGACAACACAGAAAAUUGUUUCGUGGGGGCGAAGUGAUUCGAUUUCUAGUUUUAAAGAUUGGCUUUUGAUUAUCCAUUUUGUGUUUAUUUUCCUCACUGUCUUUUCAAACGGAAUAGUGUUGGUGUCUUUCUGCAAAUAUUGGAAGGCUUUAAUCGGUAAACCGACGUUGAAAACAAAUGCCUUCAUUUUCAAUCUGGCUCUGUUCGACUUCCUAAUUGGGACUAUCACGUGGCCAAUGUCUGUUGUGUUCAAAUUGGAUUCAAACCAGUGGAUUGUGGAGUCAGUCUUCUGUGACAUCUGGACAUGUCUGGACUACAUUCUAACUCGUGGUUCCGUACUCAAUGUGGCGAUGUUGGCACUGGAUAGAUACCUGGGAAUGAAGAUGACGUCACAGUACACAGUUCCCUACCAGACUAGAAACAAAGUGAUACUAGGAAUGAUUUUGUUCACGUGGAUACUCCCGAUUGUUGUUUUUCUACCUGCAAAUGGAAUUACUGCGCUGAGUCAUACACAUGAGCAAGGUUCUGAGGCUGAUGUAUUGGAAAUACCUUCUAUCAGAGAGUGUCAUCUGAAGUCACAACGAGGAGGCGACGUGGUUGCUACCCUGAGUCUAGUCAUCUCCAUUGCUACCAUGCUUUGUCUCGUAGUCCCUUACUCUCUUCUCAUUUAUGAAGUGCUGCGGCUCCGAAAAGCUCAAGCAGCGCUGGCCAAAGAAAAUGAGUCUCGAAAACCGAUGGAUCGAAAACCAAAACCGGAUAAUCAGGACAGUUUCCACUUAAACUUGAACCCUGACAACAGCUUGUCGCUUAUGAUGACUCAUCUCAAAAAUGAAAUUGAAGCCAACUUGGGCCAAUUAAAUACAAUUUGGAGCUGCGAUGAAUUAGAUUGCGCCAGUUCUGAGCUGAAUAAUGGCUCAAAAAGUGUCGAAAAAGACGAUUGUUCUAGAUAUAAAACGGUGGCGAAUCAUAGAUUAAUGAAGCCCCCAAGUAGAGAAGAUUGGCACAGGGUUAUGACCGAGGGUGUUUAUGAUGUCAAUCCGAAAAGCUUUGAUUUGUCCUCAGGGAAACUACAGGUUGAAAUCGAGCAACGGACGAGAAUGAAUUCGUCCUCGAACGACAUUCACUGCCAGGGGUUGGUAUCGAACCAACUGGCCACAAAAUUCUAUCGAAUCAUCAGUGGCGACCUCAAAGAAGAUCUAGAACAAUCUAACUGUCCUGACGGGAGGCCCGCUAGUUUGAUUGAGGGUGAUUUAAAAUCCACCAAUGAAAUCCACCAAUGUUCUAGCGAGAAGAAAAAACCUAUAGGAAGUAUAAAAGAACAACAAUCGAAUCUGCGAAGAUGGCAGAACUGCGAAAUGUUAACGGGAAUGAAUGAAGAUAAUAGUCUCAGUUCAAGCGAAAUUAACGAAUCAAUCGCAAAUGAAAAAUCGGAUAACCUAUUCUCUGAAAAUCACCUACAAUUAGUCCCCGGAGACUGUGAAAUGAGCAAGAAAUUAAAAGCACUUGAAAGGUUGGCAGAGAGAACUGCGAAUGGAAUCAAACAGCUGGACGCUAUUCUGUGUGUGGACAACUGCAGAAAAGUGCAGCUGAAAACUCAAGGGCAUUCAAAUACGAAUUCAAUCGGGAACAAACUGAGCCAAGCAAAACGCAAAGCAUCCGUUACUAAACAGCAAACUGCAGGCACCAGAACGCGUAAAAUGGGGACCACGUUCAUUUCCGUCCAAGACCAACAGUUUAAGAAUGCAGUUCCAGAGCAAAAGUACUACACACUAUCUGAGAUUCUCAAACAAAUGGAUACACGAAACGCCACAUCACGCAGAUCAACUGGGCAAAGUUCACACACCGAUAGUUCGCUAAGACGAAAGUACGCUGAGUCAAUGAUGGGGCGUCGAGCGCGAAACUCCUACAGCGAGAGUCAGAAAUACACUAUCCAAAGAACUCGUGGUGCUGACUGUCUCUCUUACACGGAAGAAAGAAAAGGCAGUUUGGCAUCUCUGAAGCAACUCUUAAGACGUCCAAGCUCAAUUAUAUCUCCUAAAAAUCUCAAAAUCCGCAUAUGGAUAACUACCCCAGAAAAUAUGAAGUUCGUCCUCCAUGUCAUCGUCUUAGUUGCCGUCAGUGUCCUAUGUUGGCUACCCUAUUGCAUAAUCUCAACUGCUUAUUGGUCGAAAAUGGACCAAUUUCAGCCAAUCACGUUCGACUUAUCCGUAUGGUUGAUUUACUUCAAUUCGUUCUUGAACCCUUUCGUGUACUUGUCUCAAAAUUUAUCGGUAAGGAAGGCAGUUUGGAGGACAGUUUUAGCAGCUCUCCCAAGGUGUUGCAAGAGAAGACCGGAUUGCUUGCGUCUUUAUCUAUGGGAAGUCCUUGGAUGUGUAAAACCCAGAGACGGAUUACAUCAAUAAUUGACUGAAACUUAUUAAUUCAUCAUGGGACAAAUCAAGGAAUCGACGGCCCACAAAUCAAGGAAUUUUUCUCGGCUUCUGAUUAAUCUUUUGGUUGAUCAGACAUCUUUAAGAGGCAAAUAAUCUUGUGGAGCUCUUUCUGGAGAUUUUUAAACCAAAAUUGCGAGCUGCUCUUAAAAUUAUAACAAGAGCACCAAACAAAUCUUUUGAAACGCUUAAAAACUGAUCAACCAGUUUAGGAUGUUAACAAAUACUUAAAUGAUUUUCGACAGAACUCGAUGUAACUUUGGCUGAAUGGUGUCCUAAACCUUCUUCUGAUGACCGAAAAAUUGUUAUCACAUUGCGUUAUUAUUUAUCCCUAGUUUUAGUAUUUGAGUCAUCAAUCUUAGAUUAAAAUCAAUGUUAUAUUUAGUUAAUGCGUAGAAAAAUACAAUAUCACUUGAAU